AUGAUCGGCCUCCACCCACUCAUCGACAACGGCCUUGAGAAAGGCGGCCCGAACUUUUCCGGCGGAACUCUCGAAUGCCACUGCCUCAGCAACCGCGUCAAAGUCGAGAUCAAAGGCAAUGUUGCUCACAACCAUGCCUGUGGCUGCUCUAAGUGCUGGAAGCCAUCCGGUGCGCUCUUCUCCGUCGUCGGCGUCGUACCCGUCUCCAACCUCUCUGUGACCGCCAAUAGACACAAGCUCACCCUCAUCGACUGCAAUGCUGCAAUCCAGCGUAACGCAUGCAAAGACUGCGGUGUGCAUAUGUUCGGACGCAUUGAGAAGGAUCAUCCAUUCAAGGGAUUGGAUUUCAUCCAUGUGGAGCUGAGCACGGAUGAAGGUUGGCAGGAGCCACAAUUCGCUGCAUUCGUGAGCAGCAUCAUUGAGCAGGGCUUUGAUGCGAACAAGAUGGGAGAAGUUCGAGGAAAGCUGAAGGAGGUUGGAUUGGAGCCAUACGAUUGCUUGAAUCCGCCUUUGAUGGAUUUGAUUGCGGCAUAUACGGCCAAAUCAAAGUGAGUGUCGAAUUGCAAGAUGGUAGAAAGCUCUCCGACUGACUUGGUAAUUGACCUAGGCUUUAA